UUGGAUCGCUGAUGCAGAGGUAAUCUUGAUUUUCUGUAGGUCACUCAGGGGACUAAGGCUGUUCGUAGUUGGUUUGUCAAAUACUCGUCACAACGAUAAGUUUACAGCACAGUUCAUACAUAGUCAUCAGAGGCUUGUGGUAUUCGCCGGCAUUCGAUCCUGUCCUUAUACUGAAUAAGCAUCUAACCGAGUCGGACUGAGAUGAGAAUUGUCUUCCCAUAUGGUCUUUUGGUUGUCCCAUACAUUCCUUUGGGUCUAGUGAUUGUGAUUUUGCGUUUGGUAAUAUUUGCACAUGCGUUCCUAGCUUCAUGGGUGCUAUCACAGUUCGAAUCUCUUCGAAGAUUCGUACUGCGCUCUAUGUGCACUGUUCUGGGUUUCGUUGUGUAUAUUGAUUCAGAUCUUCGUACUGAUCGAAACACAUGUAUGCCUUUCAUAUCUAACUAUGUUAGUUUGUUUGACCACAUGGUGCUGUGUCUUUCGGAGGAUUGUAUUACACCAAAUACACAUGUAUUCCAUUGGAAGUCAAUGCCAUAUAAUAAAGAAAAGGCACGUUCUGUUUCCGAAUUUAUUCUUCGGUGUACACGAGACAAUCAUCAACCUGUUCAUUUACUUCCUGAAAAAGCACCAUCUGGUUUUUCUGAUUGCCUUUUCAAGUUUGAUUACAAAAUGUUUGGUUCAGUGGAUAAAGUACAACCUGUGGCACUUAAAGUUCAUCGGAUCUUUCCCAUUAAGUUAGUGGUUCAUCCUGUUUCUUGGUUUAUGGAGCUGUUUUGGCAGUUCUUCACUCCUUUUACAUAUUAUCAUGUCAAAUAUUUGACUCCGAUUUGUCGAAUGUCUGAUGAACCUGAUGACGAUUUUUGUGAAAGGGUUCGCUCUGCUAUUGCUGCUUCCCUUGGAGCUACACUCAGUCCAAUAAAUGCUGAGCACCUGGCAGAUUACACUGGAACGGAAUCACCGAUCGCUUCUCUUUCCCUCCUAAAUGCACGGUCUUCAACUAUGUCUAGUUUGUCCGCAACGCCACCCAGUUCCGCUUUGUCUAGAAAGCAUUCAACGAGUUCGUCAAGCGAAUCUUCAAUCCCAAAAAUAUUGGAGUCUGAUGGGGUUCGUCUUCGCCACUGCAUUCAACCUAGCCAAAAUGCUUCAAGUUUCCCUUUCGAACAUCUAGUACCUCGAAUUAGUGAAAUACUUCGUGAUACAUCAGCGUCUCGAAUUCGUGAAGCUCUUGUAUAUACUCAAGGUGACGUUGAAUCAGCCAUUGAUUACCUUUUGGAAAAUGCAAAUGACUUGAAUAUUGAACAAGAUAGUCAUCACCAGGUCAACCAAACAAUUUCUGUUAUAUCUCCUAGCAGGUUUUCAGUUGCUGCUCCACAGUUUUUACCAAACUCUAGUUCACGUCAGUUAAGCCUCAACGAACGUCGUGAAGCCCUCUUAAAUCAUGCGCGUCAGCUGUAUCGUUCCCGCCAGCAAAAUCUACAUAAUUCAUGAAGUUACUUAUUUUGCCGCUUAACAAUCCUUCAGAGCCAAUAAACUGUGAUUCUUCUCAUGUACUUUUAACCAGUAAUUGCUUUCUUGUAAACUCGGAUGUUAAUAAGUUGAGAUCGCUUCUGGUAAAUCCAAAUUACUUUAAUCCUCAGUUUAUUAGUUCCUCUUCAUUGUAUCAUAGUAAGAUAUCCUUAAAUUUUUCAUGGUUUUACAUUAAUCUUUAUUACCCCUAUUGGGGACCGUCUGAAUAAUCGUUUUGCUGACGCUAAUCUACAGCAUUAUCAGUUAUUUGCUAAAUCUGGAGUUUGUUACCAACUGAUAGCUUAAACCAUACCGCAGUAGUUAGAAUAACUGGAUCCAGUAAGUACUAGAAAUACUUCUCAGACGUACAGUGCGAAGAAACGUGAUUUACGGAUAAGAAAAUCGAAUUUGAC